GCCCUUGCCCCGGCAGCCAGCCGGGGGUGGGAGUGUCCGCCAUGUUGGGCUGAGCGGCGGCGCUGCGCGGGGGCACGCCGGCGGUGCGCGAGGGGGCGGGACCCCGGGACAGCCGCUCCCCCCCCCGCGGCGGGGCUGCCGUGGCGGCGGGUGCCCGCGCUGCCGCCUCCCCUCUGAAUGAUGCGGCGGGAGGCGCCGCUGGGCUGGGGUGGAGCUCGGGCGGUGGCAGCGGCAGCGGCGGCCCUGGGCCGUGUCCGGUCGGAAGCGGCGGCGGACGAGGAGGAGGUGACGGCCGCCCGGUCCCCAGCCCCCCGCGGCGGCCGGGCGAGCGCAGGAUGCUGAGAGUGACCCCGCGCCCUGGUCGCACCGCGGGGAACGGGCUCCCCCGGGGCUGAACGCGAAUCCUCCCCGCCUCCUCCGCCCUGCAGGCGUUCCUCACCCAUACCGCCCCCCCCCCCCCCCCACCUCCAGCCCCGCGCUUUCCCGGCGCCUCCCGGCGGAGUAACAGCGGCGGCGGCGCCGGGGCUGAGCGGCUCCUCCCCGUCCGGCUCCUCCCGCGGCGGCGCGGGAGCGCGGGGGGCGGCGGAAGAUGGCGUGGGUGCUGAAGAUGGACGAAGUGAUCGAGUCUGGGCUGGUGCACGACUUCGACGCCAGUCUCUCCGGCAUCGGGCAGGAGCUGGGAGCCGGUGCCUACAGCAUGAGUGAUGUUUUGGCACUGCCUAUUUUCAAACAGGAAGAUUCCAGCCUUCCACAAGAAAAUGAGACCAAACAUCCACCCUUCCAGUAUGUUAUGUGUGCUGCAACAUCUCCAGCAGUAAAAUUAUAUGAUGAAACUCUGACAUACUUGAAUCAAGGUCAGUCCUAUGAGAUACGGAUGCUGGAUAAUCGGAAAGCUGGAGACAUACCAGAGAUCAAUGGAAAACUGGUGAAGAGUAUUAUUAGAGUUGUGUUCCAUGACCGAAGGUUGCAAUAUACAGAGCACCAGCAGCUAGAAGGUUGGAAGUGGAACCGCCCUGGGGACAGACUUCUUGACUUAGAUAUUCCAAUGUCCGUUGGAGUCAUUGAUAUCAAGACAAAUCCAAGCCAGCUCAAUGCAGUUGAAUUUUUGUGGGAUCCAACAAAAUGUACAUCUGCUUUUAUUCAGGUACAUUGCAUCAGCACUGAAUUUACCCCUCGUAAGCAUGGAGGAGAGAAAGGAGUUCCUUUUAGGAUUCAGGUUGACACUUUUAAACAGACUGAAAAUGGAGAAUAUACAGAUCAUCUGCAUUCAGCCAGUUGUCAAAUCAAAGUUUUUAAGCCAAAAGGAGCAGACAGGAAACAGAAAACAGACAGAGAAAAGAUGGAAAAGCGAACUGCACAUGAAAAAGAAAAGUAUCAGCCUUCAUAUGACACCACAGUUCUUACAGAGAUGAGGCUUGAGCCUAUAAUUGAAGAUGCAGUUGAACAUGAGCAGAAAAAGUCCAGCAAGCGGACUUUGCCAGCAGACUACGGUGAUUCUCUGGCAAAGCGAGGCAGUUGCUCACCAUGGCCUGAUACUCCUACAACAUUUGUAAACAACAGUCCUACUCCAGCUCCAACUUUUACCUCUGCUCAACAUAAUACCUACAGUGUCCCAGACAGCAAUUCUUCCUCCCCAAAUCAUCAAGGAGAUGGAAGCUCUCAAGGCUCUGGAGAUCAGCUUCAUCCUUCAGCCACAAUCCAGGAAACUCAGCAGUGGUUGCUCAAGCAUAGGUUCUCUACCUAUACAAGGCUUUUUUCAAAUUUCUCAGGUGCUGAUUUAUUAAAGCUGACAAGAGAAGAUCUGGUACAAAUCUGUGGUCCAGCUGAUGGAAUUCGGCUAUAUAAUGCACUGAAAUCCAGGUCUGUUAGGCCCCGUCUAACAAUCUACGUUUGUCAGGAGCCAUUGAGGAGCCUACAACUGGAAAGACAAGAUGCAGGCAACAGUGAUAGCAGCAACAGUGCAAUAUAUGUUUAUCAUGCAAUCUACUUGGAAGAAAUGGCAGCCUCAGAAGUCACACGCAAGCUUGCUUUGGCAUUCAAUAUUCCUUUGCAUCAGAUCAACCAGGUUUACAGACAGGGUCCCACAGGUAUCCACAUUCUUGUUAAUGAUCAGAUGGUUCAAAACUUUCAAGAUGAGAGUUGUUUCUUAUUCACCACAAUAAAAGCUGAAAAUGGUGAAGGCUUCCAUAUAAUUCUGAAGUGAUGUCACACGACUGCUAGACUGAUACUCCAGCGCAGAAUGAAGUCCUGCCUAAAGAUUACAAAGAUCAUCCAAAACCUUAGGAUCUAACUAACUUCACUGUAUAAGAUGUUUCAUAUUGAAAACACAAAAUGACCUUUCUAAUGAGCUGUUUGAUAGGUGAACUUUCUUAUCACUGCCAUAGCUAAGUGUCCUCAUGAGAGGUAUAACAACAUGACAGCUUACGUACAGGCAUGGAAGACAAUGUAAGCAGAGGUGCUUGCCCUUCACUGAAAUAAGGCAAAUUAUGGCCAGUAGAUACAGUUUUUAGAAGUGUUUUCUAUUACCUGUAUCCAGUUGGAGAUGAAUGUAAACUUAUUUUGGGGCAUUUACCUUUCUGUGCCAGUUUGUCUAUUACGUGCUUGUACCUUACGCUGGUUUUAUUUUUUGAUGUUAGCAGAGCACAUAUUAAUCUGUGUGGAGAUGAGUAGUUAAGCUGUUAGUGAUCAGGUUGUUGGGUCUUUGAGAGUAAAGCUGUCAAAACAGCUUCCCGUGUAAAUUGUGUAUAAGAGUGUAUGUAAGAAGUGUAAAUGCCAGAAGAGGGCUUUUAAGAAGCCCUAGACAGAUGCAAUAUAUGCAUGCAGCAAACUGCAUUAUCAGUAGUACCUUAUUGGAGGGAUUAAUAUAAAUCCUAUGAGGUACCAAGUAAUUGUGUUUUGCUUUAAUGGAUUUAAUGGAAAAGAAUUGCCUAUGCAUCUUUUAUGUUUAGUUUCUUAGGUUCUCUGCGGAGCACUGCUGCAGUUUAACUCUUUGCUUGUAAAAUUGUGGGGUUUAAAAUACUGGCCGCGAGAGGUGGACUUUUCUGACUUACUGGAAUUGAGGGAAGAAGAGCCACAGGCACCAUGGGGCUGGCGCAGCUUUCAGCAGCAUCAAAUAUCCUGCUUGAGAAAUAUUAAACCUACUCCAUGUAAGUCUCCUCCCCAGCAGGGAAAGGCCUUGCUGUAGUGGCUGUUAUGGACAAGUAGUGUCUUACCUGUUCUGUUGCCCUGCCUUUGCCCUGGGAGCCGCGCUGAACCACUGUUACAUUACAGUGCCUCUGCCAUAUGACCAAAUAUUUACUUUUCUUUCAGCCAGGAAUUGUGCUUUCUCAGUAUUUUGGCUCGCUCUCUCUUGCAAAGACACGGCGCAGCGCUUCCCAUGCUAACAUUCUGUUGCAGCUGGUUUGGUACUUGGAGGGGAACUUUUCCAAAGGGACUGAGUGACAUUGUGUUGCUGUCAUUUUGUGCCUCUGGAAAGCUCCACCAUGAUCUCUGGCUUAAAUGCUUGGGAACAGUUUUGCUUUUUAUGCUACAGCGUUCAGUGUGAACAACUGCCACAGCAUGUAAAAAAGCAACUUUGAUUUUUUCAUUCCCUCUUCUGUCACUGGCUCAAGUGCUUUAGCAGAAAAGCUUCCUAAAGCUGUAGCGUUCUGAAAAUUUACAUUCAUCAAAGCUAGAGAGGUUUGGUUUUUUCCUGUUUUUAUUUUUUCUGCACUGAAAGUAAAAUUUUAUGUACUUAAACGUUUCUUCCUUUAAGUUGUUCAUCUUUGGAUAUUGUUUGGUCCUAGCAUUUUCUUGAACUGACACUUGUGUCUUUUCAGCUCACACCCUAUUCAAAUCCAAAUGUUUUAUAAAAGUGGAAAAAUCCUUGAUUGGAAAGUAUCCAAGUAUCUAAUUUUAAAGAAUAUUGAAAGUUGUACAGUAGUUUGUCCAGCUCACUUCAAAUUGGAAUUAAAUUAUGGCACCAGCAAAUUGCUUUUGUUUUUUAAUAAGAUGUACACAUUUCAAUUUAAGUAUAAUAAAUGUUUUUCAAUAA